AUGCCGCUUUCCAUUCUAAUACCAGACAAUGUCGGGCCUCUAAUAGAAGACUUUGAAAACGAAGAUUUGGACUCGCUAUAUGUAAAACAGCGGACGUGGCCGUCCAGAUCAAUCCUAUUCACCGAGGAAAAUGUUGUUGGCUUUGUUAUCCACACUGCAAAGACGCCCGAAUCUUUGCCCGACACCGUGUAUCUCUCGGCGCAGUCGUUGGGCGACUUGGACGAGAAGGACGAGACACAGCCCCGCGAAAAGGAAGAAUCGUCUUCCUUCAAUGCUGUUCUUCGCUAUCCGAUCACAGGUUCUUGCGAUGUCCACGACGAACCGGAAAGCGUGUCCAUUUGGAAGUUUGAUCUCCCCGUUGGAUACACCAGGGGCGGCAAAAUAAAAAUCACAGUCUCCACCGCCAAUACGCAUCUUCAGGCGGGACAGACGGCCGCCGAAAACGUCGAAAAAGGACAUGUGGUGCCUGCUACAGACGUGGCCAAGCUGCUCUCAGACAAUCUCUUUGAAGAACUCAACUUUCGAGUUGCGGGCGAAAAGCAGCCGAGAUACGAGUUCUCUCACAAGUUGGCCGCAUCAUCUCCUGGCAACGAGGCUCCUCUCGAGAAUACAAGCAUAGUUCAAGACACGAACGAAACCGAGGCGGAAAGUACAAGCGUGGAGCUCACUACGUUUUUGCCGCUAGUUUUGAAGUUAAGGCUGACAAAGCCGAGCGGAAGGAACGAUAUUCUACUCACCACUUUGGGUAUCGAGCCUUCCGCAGAAAUGUUGGCCUACAUUGAGAAAACGGGACACAGCGAAAAGUACUACUUCACUAUCCUUGCGCUUGAGGCCACAUUCAAGGGCGAGAAAAUCCGCGAGCUCAGCACUUUUAGCUUCCCGACCCGUUGCUCUUUUCACGAUAUCCUCAACGUUUCUUAUCGUCUUGUCAAUACAGAGUACCUUGACGGACACGUGAACAACACAAAUGAGUCUCAGCUUGCGUCGUCGAAACCUCUCCACUUGAAAAUGAGCGCAAAGAUCCAGAGCAUAGACCACGAGAAUGUGCUCUCUGAUAGAAGCAGCGAAAUACAUACCAUCUGGUCUCCCAUUCUAGAAUUUGGCCUCGUGGCGCCUCCAAUCAGUGAUACGUUGAAAAAAGGUGCCAGGGCCUCUCACUUUGUCACCCAGUCACAAUUUCUUGCAUCGCCGCUUGAGAAAAGCGGCCCACUGCUGCGCAAAGCACUUCUGUUCAAUAACUUGGCCCAGCCCAAGCUUUUGCCCACGCCACAAGCUUCGUCGCCUCACUUGGGCCGGGGUGUUUCUGCCGCAUCGUCCCCGUUGAUUUCUUUGACGAAAAACGCCUCACUUUCGAAGAAAAGUCAAAAAAGCACGGUUUCUAUCCCCGCCAACUCGCCAUCCGCAGUGACAGUUAAUGUUGCCACGUCCAAUUCGUCUCUUUCAGGACUUAGGCUCACUUUCGAGGGCUCGCUCAGUGUUGAGCUUGGCAAGAUUUCGACCUGGAAGAUCCAGGCCAUCAACCAAACAGCAAAAGCUUUGAAUCUCUCCAUUAUAGUCAAAAACUCGAACCGGGCUCCGAUAGAAAAUAAUGGCCUGAAUAUUUAUGGUCUUGGCGUAUCCACCCAGACACUUACAUUAGAGCAAGAUGCCAAGAGACCACAGAUUCAAAACAGAGCACAGUUGUACUACCAGUACAGUCUGUCCAAGUUGAGCAGAGAAGGGGUUAUCGUAUUGAGCAAUGAUAUUCGCCUUGGACCUCUAGACCCACAUGGGGUGUUUGAGUCGGAGAUCCUGUUGAUUGGCAUAUCGAAAGGUGUAUUCAAUCUAGAUGGGUUGAAAGUUAUAGACUUGUCUACGCGGGACGGGAUCGAGUUCGGCAAGUUGGUAGAGGUGUUUGUUGUAUAG